AAUAGAGGCAACACCUCGUUUAUAUCUCCUUAUUUCAUACAGAAGAGCUAACAAUGGCAGAAAUGAUUUCACAGGAGCCACUUCCUUGGAGCAGGCUACCAUGACCAGCCAGACUCAGGGGAUCCACCAGCUUUUUCAGGCGGAAAAACAGGCCAAGGACAAGCUAGAGGAAGCCAAGAGGAGAAAAGGAAAACGACUGAAGCAAGCCAAGGAGGAAGCAAUGGUAGAAACUGACCAGUAUAGAAUGCAGAGAGAUAAGGAGUUUCGACUAAAACAAUCUAAGAUAAUGGGCUCUCAGAGUAAUCUCUCAGAUGAAAUAGAAGAACAAACACUAGGGAAGAUACAAGAACUUAAUGGACACUAUAAUAAAUGUAUGGAAAGUGUGAUGAAACAGCUCGACCAUGGUCUGUGACAUGAAACCAGAAAUCCAUGUGAACUACAGAGCCAUCAAGUAAAUGUACAUCAUAUUUUUCGAGGAAAAAAAAAGGUGUGUGAGUGCCACCUAGUUGCUUAUGGCUUCAUGUUUUUCUAUUAAGAAAUUUGAAAUGUAAAUCUUAAAUUUACAUUUACAGAAAAUGUGACAUAACUCAUGCUUUGGCAUUGCAUUAAACAAAACAAAACACAA